UCAUACUGUGCCAUGAAUAGAUCUGAUAGUAAGACUUGAUUGUGUUGUUGAUGUUUAUAUAGUUUUAUAGUAAACAGUAGCUAGGUGUUUUGAUGUGUCAUCCGAUCACAUGGAUAUAUUUAUGGACUUAAUAUGAUUUAAUAUACACGAGCCCAUAGUUUGAUUUGAGGAGAUUUUGUUUUGGUGAAAGAACAAAACUAGAUGUAAUUUUUCAGAUUGUCAUUUUGUGGAAGUUUGAUGUUUUGUUUACCAAUGUUAAAAAUAUCUGAAAUUAUCAAUGUGGAGAUACAGGAAAAUAAGUAAAACAUGUCUGUAAUGUUAUCCAAACAUGUUUUCAUCUACCUUACACUAAAUGAAAUUUAGUUAUUUUUUUUUAUAGAAAACUAAUAACAUUUACAUGAAAUUUUCAAAGAACUGUUUUCAAUGGGAGACAAUACAAACAUAGUAGUCAUUAUCUAGAGAUGAAAAGGAAGAUAAAUGCCAAAGUGAAUAUAUAACUAAAUUAUUUACCGACAAGAACUCAGUAUGUAGACCUCCUCAAAGAUAACCAGCUGAAUUAAUCAUCAGUGAUUUAAUGGGGCAGUUGAAUAUUUAUAAACUGUCAAGUCUAUAGUUCGAUUGGAUUUAUUGAUCUGGGAAUAAAAUCAAUCAGUUUUACACGUUGUUCAUGAAUUAUGAAUCACCUGUGAUUAGAGGUUAAUACAUGGCGUAACUACAGUUGUGGGUUUUUUACUCAAAGAUACAGGAUGAUCUCUUCUUUGACUAUAAGGAACCUCUUAUUGAGGACAGAAGAGGAUGCAAAAUUUAGUCGUAUUUUAAACAAACAAAGAUAUCAUCGUGAUCAGUUAACUCAUGCAGAUUCUCAACAUAAUAAAUCAUUACAAUAUAAUAAAACAGUGCUUAAUAGAAGUUAUUCACAUGGAAGUGAUAAUUAUCAUUCACAGUCAUCUAAUCAACAAACACCAGAUAAAAACCAAUAUCCUAGAGCUGCCUGGACUAGUCAAGAGAAUAAAAUUUUAAAUACACCCCGUCCUAAUGAAACACAUCAUGCCAGUAAUAACCUUUUACAAGAUGUAUCUAUUGAAGAUUGUGAGGUCAAAAGUAACAUAAGUUUAUUAGACUCUGAAUCAGUUUAUUUGCCAAUAGAUGGCGCUAAAACACCUGUUACACCCAAGAGACCAAUGACUGCACCAUCUUCAGAUUCAUCCAAUGUGAACUCUAAUUCUGUGUUAACAUUUACCGUUCGGGAGCGACCUCAAACAGGUUUCAGUGAAAGGAAACAAGAAACUAGAUACGAGGCAUAUGACAGACGACCUAUUAAACCUUUAAAUCAAAGCCUUGGUAGAGGAAGUAAAAGAAAUUUUGACUUUUCGCCACCCCAACCAUCUGGAUCAGGACCCGCGAUAGGUGUAAAGAAACAAACACCACCCACUGCCAUGAGUCAGGAUUACGAUACAAGUAUAGACCAGAACAAUAGUGAUCAGGAGAACAUAGAAAUAGAUCCCAUACCUACUGGUGGGCUAAGUAUCAUAAAAGAUGUGAUCGGUAAUCGUAAAGCACAGGCUUUAAAUCAUCAUAGCAACAGUGAUACAAAUAAAACUAAAGUGAAACUAGACAGAUCUUCUAGUCUUAAAACCAGUGACAGAGUGGCCAAACCACGAACAAAUUACAAUGCUGACAAAUAUUUAAGUUCUUUAAAUAGUACAACAUCUAGUGGUGUUCAGACAUUGUUAAAUAAUAAGUCAAAAGACUCAAAGAAAGGAUCUACGUUAAUUGCUACUAAAGAUUCUGGAUAUUCAUCACGACCGUCCAGUGAUGCUGUGCUAUGUGACACAUCCAAUAUUGAUGAGCAAAAAGCAGCAACAUCUAUUCAGGCAUUUUGGAAAGGUCAUAGAACACGACAGUGUAAUCCUGAAGUUGUGUCUGUACGUAAUGAAAUAAGAGCACGUCAUGCUGAGGAACAUAUCGUAUUAUUGCAGACGGAAUUAGAAAGACAAAAAAAGAUUUGUGAAGAUGAAAAGCGUUUUAGAGAUUUACAAAUGGAAGCUAUUAGGAGUUUACGACAAGAAGUUCAGUCUUUACAAAAUUGGAAGAAUGAAAUAUUAAGUUGCCAUAGUUUAGGUGAUAGUCAAGGUUCUACAACUGCUAGUAAUAGAGCUACUUUAACAGGUACUACUGAUAGUUCCGUUACUGCCUUAUUAGGACAUGUUGAACAAACAAAUUUAGAAGAAACAUGUGCCAGUUUACAGUCACAGGUAUUUCAGUUACAAGAAACAUUAGAGAGUUUAAAUACACAAAAUACAGCUAGUACAGGAAUGCCAGAUUUUGAUGAAACAGAUUUAACUAGUGAUAUUUGUGUGACAACUAAUUUUGAUAAUGAAGAUGAUCAAGCCGAAACAUCUUUAACAUCUGGAAGAUGGAGUAGUAUUCCUCAUUCCCUAUCCCCUUACCCAUCAGAGGAAGAGGAUCAGUAUUUUCGACAAGUGCCAGAAUUUGGAGUGCCAACACCACCAAGAGGUUUAAAAUUACAACAUCGAGGAGAUCAGUCUCUUAUUUUAUCAUGGCAAAAAUCUAAACUUCUUGAUGCCAGUGGUAAACCCCAGAAAAAAAAUAUACUAGGUUACAGAGUAUAUAUCAAUGAUCACUGCCAAGCUAUGGUCAGAUAUUAUAAAAAUAAAGUUUUAAUAACAGGUCUUAGUUCCAAUACAAUUUACAAAUUUUAUGUUAAAGCAUUAUCAGGACUAGGAGAAUCUUAUGAAUCAAAUAUCAUCAUGGCUAAAUUGGCUUUUACCCAAUCAAAAACAUCGUUACAAAGUAGUGAAUCUGAUUCUCCAGAUAGUGAAAAGGAUCAAAGCAGUUCUGGGCGUAGCGAACAACAUCAUAGAAAACACAAUAAGAGACGAACGCGUAAAGAACGCUCUCCAAGAUCACCACGAUCGCAAAAUACAUCAUACACUUCAAGUGAAGCAAAACCUCCAACCCCUGAAAAUAGAAACGAAUCUGCAGCGGCUCUACUUACACAACCUAGAUUACACAAGCACAGACGCACAACUACUCGUGAAAAUCUUCCAUCAGAUCCUAAUGAUAAAUCAGAUAAUACAGAUAGUGACAAGCGUCAGUCAACAGGAAGUGAAAGAUCAGCCAAUAUUUCAUCAACUAGUAACAGAACUGAUUCAUCUUUUACUUCACCAGGUAGAGACUCAUCGUUGGAACAAAAAUCAACCAUUGUUGAAUCUGAUAAACCCAAAUUCUUUAAAUCUCUAAAUGAUAAUGCGAAUACAGGUAUGUCAGAAACAUUUACUGUAGAUAAAAGCCGUUCAUUUUUGGUAAGUUUAGGAAGAGCCAAUUCAUCUGAUGAAGGUAGUGGAAAAACACAUCGUAGAUCAAGUAGCAGAGAGCGUGAUGUUAAAGAUGGUUUCGUGGAACUACGCCGUACACAUUCCUCUGAUUUAUCUCCCACGGAAAAAGAAAAUCUUGAUACGGGUAAAACUCACAGACGCAAAAGAAGUAAAGAUUUACAGAAUCAGUUCAGUGAUCUUAUUAGUGAUUUAUCUGGAGAGCAAAAAUUAGCAGACGUACAAAGUCAGGAAGGAAGACAACUACCAGCAGGUAUUCCUAUUAUUGAUGGCAGAAAACGUCAUUCAUCAGGUAGUCGACCAAAUAGUCCAAUGCUAGAGACAGCUGAAAGCAGCAUUACUACAGAACGUAAACGAGUUCCUGUUGCAGACAGAUUCCUCAAUAUUAAUAGAUCUAGCACCCAGGGAUCUCAUGAUGAUGUUCCUGAAACCAUCCCUCAUAGACAACUUCCUCCUUCCCCAAAGUCAAAAGGUCAGAGGUCACCAAGUCCUCAUGGUAGUAAAGAAGAUUUAUCAAGUUCAGGUCGUAGGCGGACAGCUUCCUCUGGAUCAGACGACACCAACAAUUCAUCAACAUCUAAACAAUCAGCCAAAGUUCUUCAAAAAUUACAGCUCCUGUCUAAAUCACAUGAAAAGAAGCUGCAUAAUAAAUCAAAAGAAGAAUCUGUGGAGGGGGUUCAUGUGAAGGGUGGGGGGAGAAUAAGAAGAGUGAGUGAUAGUGAUUGUGAUCAAGGAAGUGAUAUUAAUCGUAGAGCUCCAGUACCCAGUGAUAGUUCUGGUAGUCAUUCAGAUGAUACAUGUAAUCAACCCAACAGAUCUCACUAUAAACAUCGCAGAACUCCAUCCGAUCAAAGUGGUGUUUUAAAUUUUACUCCCAAUAUACCAGUUGAUAGACCAGCACAUAGUCCUAUAAUAAUGGAUGGUGGUGCAGUUAAAAAAUCCUCAUCAUCUUCAUCCUCAUCCACAUCUAAUGUCAAACGCCAUUCAUCAUUUCACAGUCUUCUACCACCUAAACGUCAAGAUAAAAGUGCUAGUGGCGAGGAUUUAUCUAAACCUAUUGAAGAAAAUGAACUAACCACAAAUAAGGAAUUGUCGAAAAAGUCAUCAAAUCUGCGAUCAAGAUCCCCCAGUCCCAUCACAUCUCGCUUAACAACACCUGCCAAAUUACCCAGCCAGCAAGGUCGAAAAUCAAAGUUCUUUACUGACAUUCUUUCUUAGAAACUAUGUGAUUUCCAAUAAUACGUGCUAGUAAUAUCCAGUGGAAUGUACAUGAAUAACAAUUGGAUGGGAAUCAUUUGUUUUCUAUUAUUAAUUAUUUAUUCAUGUGUUUUGUGCAUGGUUAUAUAGUCAGUAUCAUCACUAUGUUGAAACCAUAAUGUACACAAAAGGAAAUUUAGAACCUUUGGAAAUGACAGGAAAGCAUCACAUUCAUGAUGAAGAUAUGAAAGAAAUGCAUUUGAUCACAAAUUUUGUGUUCUUAAUAUAAAUGUUGAAAACUGCCUAUUGAUAACUAAAAUUGUAAAUAAUUAGUUCAUUUUUUAAAAUAACUACACAUUUAAUGACAAUUCAUCGUUAAAUAUCAACAUUAUCAUUAUAGCACAAAACAUUCUGGAGUUUAAAAUCACUAAGAUUUUGUAAUUUUCAUCCGUGGAUACAAACUUCAUAAUAUUUGUGUCUCAAGAAAUUUAGUUAUAAUGGAAAAUAACUGUGAUUUCAGGCCGUAUUUUCAUAUUAUCUCCCCUUGGACAACAAUCUUGAAAAUGGUUCACACUGCAGACAUUUCGUUAUGGGGGGUAUUGGCACAGAAUGUGAUUCGUUGAUUCCAGAUUACCCUACCAAUCAAAAUCUGUGGCACAGAAAAAUUCCCCCUAAUCUUCCCCCAAGGCUUUGAUUGGUUGUCUAAUCAAGGUCAUCAGUAGUAUUAAUCUGCCAUUGCAGACCCAAGGUGCCCUUUUCUUAAACAUGUCUUCAGAUGUGACUUGAGAGUGAAAGUUAGAAUAAACAUUUUAUAUUACAAAGAUUGUAUCAGAACUUUGUCUUUUGAAAGUGUCACUUGCACCAUUAGCUGAUCAAUAUUAUAUGGAUGGCCGUAUGUUAUAUUUUGAUGACAAUAACUAAUUGUUAUAUAGUCAUAUUUUUAUGACAAUAACUAAUGUUCAUCAUGAUCACUUUCUCAUCUAGAUCUUCAUGGCUAUAAGAAUUAAUUAUACAAUUUGAUUCAUUCUCUCUUGAUGUUUUAUGUCCAUCGUUGUUUCACCAGGGUAAAUCAACUGACUUGUGUUCUUCAACACAUGAUGCACAUCAACAUAUAUAGAUUAUCAAUGUUGUUUCCUUCUUGUGUCUAGUGGUUGAUCUGUUAUAUUUGUUAGUUUAAAAAAAAUCCUUUGUAAUCGACUUAUUCAAUAGCUAUAUUUAGCUAUAGUAUAGUCUUUUGGAAGAAAGAAUGCAUUAUGAAACAUUUAAUUUUGAAAGCUGUUCUCUGCCAUUUACCUUUCUUUGUAUGUGCAUUUAUUUAUAAAUGAUUGUAUAGAAUUUGUAGAUAUUUUAAAGUUUGUUGAAUAAUAAUUGUUAAUGAUGUUCUACUAUUAACUGCUGAUUGUUAGGAGGCAUAAAUCUUUUGAAAAUGCUAAAAUACUAUGGAGUAAUUUGUGAUCAACAUCCAAGUGCCUAGAAUCGUAUAAACAGAGUUGAAAAACUUAUGUUGUAAAUGAUGUUAAUUUUUUAAAGAACUUUUAUAUUUACUAAAAUGAAUUUUAUAAGGUCUGUAUGGAAUUUAAUUCUGGUAUUUCUGUGAUAUCUUAAAUGCCUUACUUAUUUUAAUGUACUUGUUAUUUAUCAAUUUACAGGUUUCAUGUCAGAGUAACAAAUAGAUUCAUGAUAAGCAAUUUAAUUAAAGUCAUCAAUUGAUUAUUAUUUUCUAAAAGAUCUUCUUUAGGAAUAAAACCUGACAAAGUGUAAAUUUGAAGCAUUAAAAUAAUUAUUUGCAGAGCUCUGAGCUUACAUUUUAUAUUCCAAAUUUUUAUGCAUCUAGUUUGAACUACUUUUGAGCUGUUUCAGCUUUUAUUAGACUAGGUCCAAAACAAGACAGAAAAGUAGAACAAAGGCCGACUUUGAGGAAUUAAAUUUCCUAAUUAAAGUGAAAGAACAAUUAUUGUCAAAUUUUAAAGCCAUGUUUAUCUAUUAAGAGAACUAGAAAAAUAAAAUGGCUUUACUUUUUAUUGGCAUUUAUUUUUGUUCAUAUUGAUAUAUUUCAUGUACAUUCCUAUUCAAUAUGAUAUUAGCUUGUUUUGUUAUAUUAUUUGUUACUGAGUAAUGUGAUUUUUUUUUGCUUAUCAUCGAUUUUGUUAUUGAUAACUUGGCCAUAUUCCUUAGAAAUUCACUGAUGUGCAAAACUGUGUCUAUCUCUCCCUUUCCUAAUGUUUUGUAUAUUGUAAUCUUUGCAUUGUUUAUUGUACUACAUGUAUUUUUAAUGUGAACAUAUAGAAAUAUGUAUAUGAUAAUAUGAAACUGUUAUUGUAUAUUUUUGGUCAUGCAUCAAUAUUUUACUUGUGUAUUAUUGUAUCAUUUGCUUUUGAAACGGCAUUAAAACCAUUUAUGCAUAAGUCUA